GGAACUUUUUCAUACAGUUCUAAAUUGUAUACCAGCAAUCGUGUGUUACAAAAUGUGUAAGAUUUUUCAAUAUUUCGCUUUGCUGAUUGGAGUAAUUACACUCCUCGGCAGAUUUCCAAGUGCCAUUGGGUUAGCUCCACCAGACUUAGUUGAAUUGGAUUUGACACAAAUUGCUACAGGACCACCUCCUGGGCUAAAGGGAAUUCCAUGGUUUGAAAUAGAUUUGCCACCAAAGACUCGAGGACCACCUCCUGGGCUAAAGGGAAUUCCAUGGUUUGGAGUAGAUUUGCCACCAAAGACUCGAGGACCAUUGUGUGACUUCGGUGUGGAAACAACCACUCCAGGACCGGAUAGUUCAACACCACCUGCAUAGAAAGCUGAUUCAAAACUGGCAAAAGCUAUUUUACAGCCAUAUUCUGGUGUUUCUUAUUAGAGCCCUUUGCUUAAUUUCAAGACAUAAAAAAGUAUGAAGUAUUUGUUUUCAAUUAUUAAAUUAAUAUUUAUGGGUCGUAUCAGUAAAAAAAGUUAUCCUCAAUAAAUUUGUUCCAAAAUUUUUUGAG